AUGAACGAUCCACGAGAAGUGGUCCAAACGGAUCCAUUUGGUGAAUUGACCUCAGAUGAAGAAGAUCAACGUGAGUUGGAGGAUCAGAUUGUAGAGAUAGAGCGGCAGAAGCGCGAUUUGGUCGAGAGGUUGAAGUCAAAGAGACAAUUGAAGAGUAAGGACCCCAAUUUCGAUGCGAUUCAGGUGGAAAGUUCUCCGGUAAAGAAACCAGCUGAGUCCAUCAAAGUGGAACCUUCGAGAACCAAACGAGUGCUGGACAUCGAGAACUUGAAUGAAAAGAAGGUAGAGAGUCGAUCGCAGAUCCCAGCUAAUACUACGUCUUACUUCAUUGACAACUUCAGAAACUCCAAGAAAGAAGAGCAAAAAAGCCAGCAAGAGCGGCAGGAGCUUCUGAGCAAGAGGGUUCAUACUUUUAGAGGAAUUGAUGGCAACCACAAGUUCAAAGCUGUUGCAGUCGAAGAAGUGGAAGAAUAUUCUGACUUAUGGGUAAAGCAACGAUACAUUUCACAGGAUGAUCUGCGGAAAGUGUUACAUGAAGUAAAAAUAUUACGACUAAGCAAGCUGUUUGCUAAGAUAAAACCUCCCAAAUUUGCAGAACCACAGUAUUCUAACUGGGCACCAAUUGGUAUAAUUAGCGCCAAAGGUCAAGUCAAAUUUUCGUCCUCAGGGAAACCUAUGAAAUACUUCAAGUUCACCUUGACCGAUUUCCAAUAUAAUCUAGAUGUUUACGUCUUUGGGAAGAAAGGUGUUGAACGAUAUUAUAACCUGCGAGUGGGUGAUAUCGUUGCGAUUUUGAACCCUGAGGUAUUGCCCUGGAGACCAUCUGAAAAAGGCAAUUUUAUCAAGUCUUUCAACCUCAGAAUUUCGCAUGAUUUCCCAUGUAUACUUGAAAUUGGUCAGAGCCGUGAUAUUGACUGGUGUAAGAGCUUCAACAAAUCUCAAAAUAAAGCUUGCGGUACACCAAUUAAUAAAACGAAGGAGAAAUGUUGUGAUUUCCAUAGAGAAAUUCAAUUCCGCAGUAAUCACGCGAAAAGAAUUGAGUUAAAUGGUUCGUUUGCUUUAGGAGCGCCAACUAAAGUAGAUUCAGGGCCGGCAUUAUAUCGCGAAAAGUCGGCAGGAGCUCAUAGAAAUUUUAAAGUGCUUCCUAAUCAUUACCAGAAGAGCGUCGGGAAGAAUUCCGAUUUAAGAGGUAUUCAUUUUUCCAAUGGAAAUGCUGCGAAAGCUUUCUUCAACGAUGAGUUUCAAAAUCCAGAUAUACUCAACAAUCUUGACAGUAAGCGACGGAAACGGCAGGAUGAUAAGAAGUCACUUAUCCUCCAACAACAGUUAAAGCGGAUCAACAGCCGACAUGCAGCCAUCGAAAUUGAAAAGGGUUCUAAGAAAUACGAAGAAAUCUGUGAGACAACUGAGGCUACUUUGCAAAGCGGACUUAUACAAAAUUUAGGAUUUGACCCAACACACGGGGAGAUAGGUAAUGUGCUCAAGCAGGCUGCCAAAGAUAAAUCCAAUAAUGGGCAACUGAAUAAAAAACAGAAAGAAGUAUCUUCACUUCUUAAAUUCAAGAAAGAACACGUUGAGUUGAAGCCUGCCAAAGAGGUGCUACUUCAGCGGAAAAGAGAUAGGGAAAGAGCCUGGCAGGAAAAUUUUGGUGAUAAGUCUGUUAAUCUUUCUUCCGACAGCGAUAGCGAUAUAGAGAUUGUGUGA